AAGGAGCGAACCAAAAUAGACAUUUCUCAAUUGUACGCCAGCCGAGAUGCAUCGCUUGCUGUUGGUGCUCGGCCUGCUGAUGGCUGCUGUGGCUGCGGCCGAAGUUCUACCGCUGGAACCGGACUUGGAGGGCUACCAGGUGGUGCUGCGGCGUGCCGCCAACCGCUCCGAUAAGCUGCAAGUCUUCCAAAGCAUUUGGGGGGCCAUACGGUCCGAUUUUAUCGACGACACCGACAAGGUGAAGGGUUUGUACACCCAGCUGUCCAAUUUCAUACGCAACGAGAUGCAGUGCACCAGCGGACCGACGGGCCACUCAGCCUGUGAGCUGCAGCAAGAGGUGCGACGACAUCUGCGCUCCCUGAUGGCCCAACGCCUGGCCAACCUCAUCAAUGCCGAGGAGAGCAUUCAGUCGUAUGGCAUGUAUGUGGGAUCCAGCGUUGAGCCGUCCCUCGUACGUGACGUGCUGGAGCAUGCCAUCGAAGAUGUCUACUUCCAUCGGCCACUGGAGAAGCUCACGCAGCAGCUGGACCAACUGUACACGGACCGGGACGAGGUCAGCUUCAAGAUGAUGAUCGAGGCGCAGCUGUCACUCUACUGGCGCUACCAGGCCAUGCACGACAGCAACGAGGCCUUCCUGUUCAACAUGGCGCAUGCCGUGAGCAAGAUUCAGACCCAUCACAUGUACGCCAGCGUGGACGCAUCGCUGCAACGUCGCGUCGAGGCACUGCACAGCAGUCUGCCGCCAGUGCUGGGCUCACUCUUCCAUCCGCAAGGCUUCUGCCUGCUCAGUCGCGACAAUCGCGAGUAUUUGUACGUGACCAUCACGGACGACUGGAACUACGGCCUCAAUGGACGGAAGGUCUUCACGUGGCACGAACAAAACUACACCGACUCGGCGGGCCUCAUUCGUGCCUUUGUCCAGGAGCAGCUCUCCACGCCCGUGUUCACGCUGCGCAGCGAGCUCUUCAAGUGGUAUUUAUUUGUGGAUCCCAGCGAGGGCAAUCGCUUGGGUGCCCUGCGCUCCGGCAGUCCCAGCUCGUCGACCAGCUUCUGGACCAUUACCUACGUGGAGGAUGCGCUCAUCUUUCGCCAGCGCGAUCUCACGCUCUGUGCAGCCGAGAGGUUUGAUCAGGAGCGACGAUGGAUCAAAGUGCUGCCGGGACAAAUGCACACGCCGCCAUCCGAGGCAUGCCAGUGGCUGCCCGUCGACUGCGCGCCCUCAAAAUGAAAGAGAUGCCACAUAAAAGUUACAAUUUGUGUAUUCUCGAUAUAUUCCUAAAAUGUCUUCAGUUUGUACACUCGAUGGUAAUUUACAGAUGUUUUUCGAGAGAAUAAUAUUAUCCAAGGAAAGAGGAAA